AUGGCGACCUCGCGCGAUGCCCCCAACCCCCUCAGGCCCUACUACAUUCCGCCGUCCAUCGGCCCGCCGCCAGACGUGCCGCAGACGCAGACAGUCUCGUCACUGCCGCCCGCUUUCAAGCCACCCACCAACACCAGCAAAGCCAGCCUGGGCAGCCAGGCACGCGACAUUCUCUCCGAUCUCGACUAUGACGCAUACUUUCCCGAGACGUCGCCCACAAUAGCCGGGCAUGCCAAGAAGCUGCUGGACCAUGCCCUGUGGAACUACACCAGUGUGCUGCUGGCCCAGCCAUUCGAGGUUGCAAAGACAAUACUGCAGAUCCACGAGGCAAAGGGACAGCUCUCGGCACUGAAGGACAACGGCGAAUGGGGCCACAAGAGCCGCCCGGGCAGCUUUGCCAGCGGAAAGUUUGAGGAUUUCCCGCCUUCAGAGGAUGAGUCGGACGAAGACUCACCAGGAUACUUUACAACGACUGCACCACGGGUAGACGCAACCUCGCCCUACUCGCCCUCCUUCUCGCCAUCCAGAUCGCCCCGCAGACGCCAACGACGGCUCGACAGCCGGUCUCCGUCACGGACACCCACCCAACCCCCACCCUCGUCGGUACUCCAGCUAGAACUGAAGCGGUCCGACUCUUUGCUCGAAGUAAUAGGGCAGCUAUGGCAGAAAGAGGCCGCGUGGGGAGUGUGGAAGGGCACCAACUGCACCUUCAUCUACAACUUCUUGCUCAAGACGACCGAGGGCUGGUUUAGGAGUCUCAUCUCGGCCCUCCUGAACAUACCAGAUCCCGGGCUCGUAGGCGCCGCAGGGAGUGGCAUUGGGGGCCUGGAUGUGCUAGAAAGCCCGAGUCCGCUGACGUCUCUCGGUGUCGCAGUAUCUGCAACGGCCAUUGCGGCCAUCCUACUUGCGCCCCUCGACCUGGUGCGCACCCGGCUGAUCAUCACGCCAAUCUCGUCGUCACCACGAUCCAUCUACCCAUGUCUCUCCCUGCUACCCUCUCUCUCCAUCUCUCCUACUCUUCUGCCAGCAACCAUUGUGCACGCGUGCGUGCCCACGCUCGUGUCAUCGUCGACGCCCCUCUUCCUCCGGUCGACACUGAGCAUCGACCCCGUCCUUACGCCGGCUACCUAUUCCUUCAGCACCUUUCUCUCGUCGACAGCCGAGCUCUUCAUCCGCCUUCCGCUGGAAACAGUGCUCCGCCGCGGGCAAGUAGCGGUGCUGCAAGAGUACGAAAGCCAGCGUGCGGCAGCAGAGUACCAGGCGCCAGUCAGUCGGUCCAAGAGCCCCGCAUAUGGUCUGGACAGGCCGGAACGGGCAAGCAACGACGGCGGGUUCAAGACGAUUGUCGAGCCCGGGCAGUUCAGGGGUGUGCUGGGCACUCUGUGGUUCAUUGUGCGCGAAGAAGGCAUCACGGUGACGAGCCCCAAUCCAGCCAAAGCAGCCAGUGCAAAGGCCAUGGGCUUCUCAAGACCGCCGCGCACAAGAAAGGGCCAGGGUGUGCACGGGCUGUGGAGAGGGUGGAGAGUGGGUGUGUGGGGAUUGGUGGGCAUUUGGGGAGCUGCUGCUUUGGGUGGGGGUGGCGGUGAAUUCUAGGACAUGACGGCUCUGGCUCUUUGCUAGCGGUGACCUGGAGUCACUCUCUGUUUUUUUUGGUCUUUGUCGCCUUGUUCUCUGAGCGCCCCAAUUAUAUUGGUGAUGUCUGUUUUUGCCGCUGUUGUCAUGAUGAUAGGCGUAUGCACAUAUGCAUGGUAGAUAGACGAGUCGUGGCUGGCGUUGUGAAAGAAAUGCAUUUUU